GUCGAUACAGGUACCUACCUCGUCUUGUCUCGUCGCAACUUUCUGACCUUCACCUUCUCGCAUCUUUCUCUACUAGAGGCGACAUAUAUACGCUGAUCAUUUAAUCAACCCGCUCCGGCCCGACAGGAAACACCCACAGGCAAGAUGUCGAGUAGGCAGCUGAGAAAGCUGCAGAAGCAAAAAGAGCUUCAAGACCUCCGAGCGCAGAAUGCCGCAGACGACGACGCCGAAUCUAGCGAAGAUAACCAGCCUAUGCUGAAGUCGAGAGCAAAUGCAUUUACAGGCUUUGCAGCGCUAGGAGACCACGACAACCCGGACCGUGACGGCGACGACAACGACGAAGACGAAAAGGCAGACGAUCCAGUGGAAGCGUCUGACAAGAAUCCUGUCGCCGAGCCAGAUCACACCGAUACGCCAAAGAACUCGUCUAAGAAGAACAAGAAGAAAAAGAAGAAGGCCAAGAAGCGAGAGCCUGUCCUUAAACCUGCCCCGCCGGUCGCCCAAGAUGGGAUGGACGAGAUCGAGCGAGCGCUCCGGGAACUCAAAUCACCCGGGGGGGUCCCUAUCACCUCCGACCCUACUUCGAAACCAUCCCCCGGAGGGUCUUACUACCGAAUAUGCGAGCUCCUCAAGGUGAGCUCUCGCCACCUCAAGGUCCUAAACGAGAUGCGCACUCUUUUCGGCCGAGAGGCCAUCGUCGCCGCCCAGACCGAGGAGGACCAAGAACAGACCCAGGCGCGGGCCAGACGACAGCGGCAGCCUCUAGAGCAACAGGUGGACCUGGAAACCUACCUCAAGGCCCAGCCCGGCAAGAGCCUGCCAGAGGUGACGCUAAGACGAAACCCCUUCCUGACCGGAAAGGAGACGUGGCCUCGUGCCUCCACCGAGGGUCUGACGAUGCUGCGUGUCAGCGAACGCCAGGAUCACCCCGGCGUGAUCGAAUUCCGCUUCGCGCACGAUGAGGCAUACAACAGGCUCGAGUCGAGGUUCUUUAGGAUCGUCCAGAUGUACGACCCCAUGCAGAUAGUGUAUUUUCUACACAGCCACCCGUACCAUAUCUCGAGCCUCAUCCAGUCCAGCCGGGUGGCCAAGCAGGACCAGAACUCGGCACUCUCCGCCGAUCUAUGCGAGCGGGCCCUCUUCACCUUUGGCCGGGUGUCGGUGUCGCUUUUCCGGCAGAAGAUAGAAGAAGGGAAGGCGAGGCUCGACUUUAGACGACCCGAAAACCGCCAGUUCUGGCUAGCCGGGUACCACUAUCUCAAGAAUCUGAUGAUGAAAGGCACCUACAGGACCGCGCUAGAGUGGUGCAAGCUACUGUUCAGCAUGGACUGGGAUGAUCCGUACGGUAUCAUCAACUUUAUCCACCCCCUCGCCGUGCGGGCGCACGAGUCGAAAUGGUUCAUCGACUUCUGCGACGCCCUGAUGCCGGAUUUAUACCCAACAGCGAGAGAUUAUAUCAGGCAAACGUUGGUGUUGGCCAGGCUUCAGCAGAACGACGUGGCCGGCGCCAAAGCGCUGCUACUGGAAGGUAUGGGACGUCUUCCCUGGCUCUACGUCCGUCUCUUCCAGUCGCUCAACUUCGACAUCCCCAAGGCCAUAUGGGGCUUGCAGCCACGCAACCAGGACGAGGAACUUCACACGGAGGUUUACGUACACCAGACGAAGGGUCUGUGGGAGAACACGCAAGCUAGGUCCCUCUUGAAGGAAGCGGGGAAGGAGGCGAGGAGACCGGACGUCAAGACGUUCCCAUUUCCGCCCACGGCACAAGCUAACCUCGCGCGGUGUGUCUACUUGUUGGAGGUGCCUUCUCUGAUGGGCCUCGUACCUCGCGAGUUGGUCAGCGCGCCGGUAAACUGGGAAUUUGAUCCAUUCCCGCCCCCCUGCGAGGACAACCUCUUUUCGCACGAGUCCCAGAAGCUGCCUUGGUCCCCCGAGUCGAUCGACGGGUGGCUCGGGGCUGGAGGUCCCAACGAGGGGCUGGACCUGCGGCGAAUACUAGAGGAGGCGCAGGCGGACGACCUACAGGGGAUUAUCGACGAAGCGGACCGCAACGAUAGGGAGGGUCUCUUGGAAGACGACGGGACGCCGAGCCGAGGUGAUUCUCACGGCCUAGGGGCCAUCUUUCAGGCCUUCAUGGAUCUGCUCGACCCGCGGGGUGCUUCCACCCACCAUAGUGAUCUCGACGGGUUUGACCUCGACGGUAUCCCCGGGGCUUGGCAUGACGACGACGACGAUAACAUUUCGGACGAACUGCCACCGUUGGUGCCCAUGGACGGGGCUGACGACAAUAACAGUUCAGGCGAGCUGCCGCCGUUGGUACCUAUGGAAGGGGCUAACGACGAGACGGGUGACGAGACGACCCCGAUACCUCCAAGUAAUCGUGGCACAGAGGGUAGAGAUGGGACCGAUGAUGGCGAAGCAAAUCUACGGUAGAUCCAAUACCCCAGGCAAGGAGCAAUCUUUUUCAACCGGCACGUGGUGCACAAUGGGUAUUUCGAGGCUAGGGAACCAGUCGAGGCAUCACAUUUCACGACAGUCUCUUACGAUAAGCGUCCGUGCCGAGACGAGGAGGCCUAGAUGAUGAUUGACGGCAGCGUCCGUUACUUCAUCACCGCCCGUGCCCCGCGGGGUGCCAUACGAGACGAGAUGACGAGUUAGCUGGGUGGCAUCUUGCGUCUCGCGUGCACCGCAUGCUCGCGUGUAACUUCAUCUACUCGGUUGUCUGCCGUAAUGCGUGCGUGUCCUAGCUCGGUUGCUGAGGCACCUGCGGUGGGCAGGUAUCGCGACGGGUAUUCUUUACGACGACACGGAGACGUAUGUGUACGUGUAGGAUAGACGGUAGACGAUUGUUAGACCUGAAACUCACGGCUUCGUCCGAACAAAUUCGUAAGCAGCCAUCUAUGCGUAU